UUACCUAGUAACCGGUGUAGAGAACAUAUGUAGAGUUUAUUUUCAAACCCGUCUUCUUUGAAGAAGUUUCUUUUCUCCUUAUUUUAUAUCAAAACGAUGGAGGGUUUACCGUUUAUACCUGGCAACUCUUUCAGGGACCCAACAAAAACUAAUUUCCAUCGCAGUCAUACCUUGAAUUACCAUAACGGUUAUCGCGUAGAGAAAUUAGUUCAAAGAGGAAUUGGUGGAGAAAUUCUCGAUAAGAACCAGUUGAAUGAACAAGAACUUCAGGAAUUGGCCAAUUUCCACACCCUACAGACCUAUGGUGAACCAAAACCAGCAGCUCCUGAUCCUUUUAUUCCUGCACAUGUCACCUUAAAUAACAAAGUUCUUAGAUUUUAUUGCUUUUUUAAAGAAACUGUGAAUGAAUCCCCACAGGAAUUCUAUCGUGUACGACCUUGCAAGAUCUACUACUUCAUUGUUGACGAUACUAUAAGUGUGAAUGAACCACCUGUUGAUAACAGUGGAAUAGCACAAGGUCCAUUUUUGAAACGACAACAAAUUCCUAAGAAUGAUCAAAAGGACAUUUGGCACUGGACAGAUCUGAACAUUGGUGUUGAUGUGACAUUUUUUGGUCGUACAUUCCAUAUUUAUGACUGUGAUGUCUUCACAAGGAACUUCUUGGAGAGUGAAGGAAUUGAAGUUAAUGCAAAGGAAGAAGUGCCCAUUGAUCCAUACAUUGACAAUCGUAGGAAAGCAAACCUGCAAAAGACAUACACUGCACCAUCAGAAUUUGAUAAGCUCAAACAAUUCUUAGAAAUGGACCGCAAAGUAUUGCGUUUCUAUUGUAUCUGGGAUGAUAGUAAAAAUAUGUUUGGAGAGAUAAAAGAAUACAUCAUACAUUAUUACCUGUCUGAUGACACACUGGAAGUUCGAGAAAUCCACAAUGAGAAUGAUGGCAGAGACCCUUUCCCUGUCCUUAUAAAACGUGACAAAGUACCCAAAAACCGCAACAAUGUUCCCUCCACAUACCCAGCCAUCUCAUUGGAACUCACUACCCAUGAAGUCAGGGAAUACGUCACUCCACCAGACUUUGUCAUAGGUAAAACCGUCAAUAUAUAUGGCCGUGUCUUUCUUGUCUAUGACUGUGAUAACUUCACCAAGGCUUAUUACAACAGACACUUUGGUAUCACAGAUUUCACUCCCCUUGAUGUGAAACACUUGCUUCCAAAGCGAGCUGGCCCUGAACCUACAACUGUAACCAAGACUGUACCUGAAGAUUAUAAGAAAACUGAUAAAACAUUUCAAUCUCAAACAGCAGCAGCAGCUGAUGAACCAAGAAUGGAAGACACAACUGCCCCAACCAAAAGAGUCGCUGUGACAUACACUACUCCAGCUCCUCCACAAUUCGCUCAACCAGAUAAUUCGCAUAUGAGUGAAAAUGACAAUGUAACUUUGCGGUUUGAAGCAAUCAUGGAUAGUGUCAUGGAUGAGAAUAAAGGUCGCCGCUUUAUAAUCACUUAUCACCCAGCAGAUCAGAGGAUUAUGGUUCAUGAGCCACCUUCUAGAAAUUCUGGCAUUGUAACUGGAAAGUUCCUUAAUUUAAUGAAAGUUCCCAAACCUAACCACGACCCUGAAAACCCCAUCUACUAUGGUAUACAUGACUUCUAUAUUGGAGCAAAAAUUGACCUUUUUGAACACAGAUUCAUCAUUACCAAUGCAGAUCUAUUUGUCUUGAAAUAUAUGGAGGCACAUAAAGACCAAUUUUCCAGCUCUACUAUCCAGUCUAUGAAGGACAAUAUCAAAGUAUCUAAUAAGAAUUUUGAUGACAAGGUUCCAUUCAAACGAUCACCUGGAGACUUAUGUGCCCUUGUGGCAAAAACUAUCACGCACAUGAAAAGUAUUGGUUUGACUGACAGAGCAGAGAUCUUUGAACUCUUCCUGAAAUAUGACAAAGAUCGUGAAGGUUAUCUGCGAGCUGAACAUAUACAGAACAUCUGUAAGAAACUGCAUAUUCCUUCUGAUAAGGAUGUUGUCAAUGAGAUUGUGAAAAUGUGUACAGAUGACCCAGAAGGGAAGAUAACAUUGGAGCAAUUUCGAAAUUUUGUGGAAAGCUACUGAAUGGCCAGGCAUUCUUUUUUUCUUUUUUUAACUUUUUUUUUUUUUUGCAUUUUGUUUUUUUGUUAUACUCCACAAAACUGAAUGAGAUAUUUAAAUGAAAAAGUAAGAUAUAUUAUUCCUGUAUAUCCAGCUCUAAUAAUAUCUUAUAUUAGUUGUAUUUCAAAGUUAACAUGGCAGUCAUAUUGGAAAUAAAGCAGUUUCUCAACUUUUUAA